AUGAAUUUAUAUCCUUCACCAAUUGCUAAUUUCAAUACAACACUACAUUCCACCUCAAUCUCUCCUCGUGCUCUCCUCCCUUCCCUUCCCCUGCCAUAUCUCCGAUUUCUAAAUUUCUCUCCCUUUCUCUCUUCUCCUCUUUAUGCCUCUCCCCUCCCCUGCCUUCCUUCCCCACAACCCCUCUCCCCUCUUUCCUCACCCCUCUCUCCUCUCCCUUCUCUCCUCUACCCUCUCUCCUUACCCCUCUCUCCUCUCCCCUCGCUCCUCUCCCCUGUCUCCUCUCCCAUUCACUCCCCAACCCCCUCCUAUAGCUCCUCUCCAGCUUCAGCGCGCAACCCUCAGGUGUACCCGCCGCUUCCCACCACCAUCUCCACCACCUCCCACCGCUCUUCAUCCCACUCCUCGCGCCUCUCCUCGCCUUCGCAGCCUGCCUUUGAGUCAAUUCAGAAGCCCCGUUCCUCCUCCCGCUCCUCCUCGUCGCGCAUCUCCUCCCCCUCCCAGGCGGCUGCUCCCUUCCUCUUCCCCCCCUCCUCCUCCAUAAGCCCUCGGUCAGAGUCCGCCCUCGUUACUGUCACAUCGCAUGGGCAGCAGGGGCAGACGGAGCAGGGGCAGAUGCAGCAGCGGCAGAUGCAGCAGGGGAAGGCACAGCAGCACUGGGUUCAGCAGCAGCAGGAGAAGCUCCAGCCACAGAGACGAAGCUCCAGUUUGCAAGACUUCGCUUCAAACCCCUCCCCACCUGCUCCUCUCCCUCCUCCCUCCCUCCUCCCACCACAUGCUGCACACUCCACAUCCCCUUCUCCUUCCACCCAAACCGCUCACCCCAUCCCCAUCUUCUCAAAAUCCUCCUCCGCUCCCUCUGCUCCCUCCGCCCCUUCCUCCUCCUCCGCCCCCUCUGCUUCCACAGCCUCGUCCCCACUCGGGAAUCCCAAGCUGCAGUCGUCAAGGUGGUCUGAUGCAUCUGCUGCUGAUGCACCCACUGCUGCUGCACUGGUACAGGCUGUGAGGGCCGAGGCUGUGCCUGCUGUGCCUGACGCUCCAGCUGGGGCUGGGUCAGUUUUGGGGGUUGAGAUUGAGACCACGUCCUCACAUGGUGGUAGGGAGUCAAGUGACACUGGCACUGGCGGUAGUGGUCUUGCUGCUGCGGCUGCUGCUGGUGGUCCUGACCCUGCAAGUGCUCUUGUUCCUGCUCCUGCUCCUGCUGAUCCUUCUGCUGUGGAUCAGUCACGCAAUGGCGGUGCGUCUGGAAAGGGAGCUGGAGGCACUGGUCCCGGCAGCAGCAGCAGCAGGGUCGGUUUGCAAGGAAGUGGGGGGUCUGGUUCUCGUUCUCUGGGCCCGCCUCUCCCCAUCUCUGUGCCUCCCCGCCCACUCCAAGCCACUCCUGCUGCAGCUGCAGCCGGCGGUAUCAAGCCAGAGGAGGUGGAGAGGUACGAGGGGGGAGAGGAACAGGGAAAUCCUAUGCAACGAGAGGAGCGAGACAGGGGGUGGGAGGAAGAGGUGGAGAGAGGAAGUGUGCAAGGAGGGCAGGGAGAGGGAGCGCAGCGAAGGCUGUUGGAGGAAGCAGCAAGGGCAGCAGCAAAGGCAGCCAGGGAGUGGAGAGAGGAAGGAAGUUUGCCAGCUCAUGCAGUGACCGGAACUGCUGACGUGGCGCUGGAUGCUGACCUGGCAGUGACGCCUUCUGACGGUGAUGGGGAUGGUGGCACUGCGGAGAAUGUUAAGCGAAGGGAGGAGAAGAGUGAGAAGAGGAGAGAGAAUGGGAGUGCGACGGAAAGAGGGAGUGAACGCGGUAGCGGGCGGGGGAGCAGGAGGGAGAGUGGGAGAGAGAGUGGGAGGGAGAGUGGGAGGGAGAGUGGGAGGGAGAGUGGGCGGGAGAGUGGGCGGGAGAGUGGGAGAGAGAGCCGCAGUGGCAGGGCGAGUAGCAGAGCAAGCAGUCGUGGCAGUGAGGGCACUGGCAGUCCCGGCGUGCGAGGCAGUCCCAGCAUGCGAGGCAGGUCAACCCGGGAAGGGAAGGCGAAUCGGGAAGGCAAGUCGUCUGGGGAAGGCAGGUGGCGCUUUCCCCUCUUUGGCAGGUCCAGCAGUUGGGCAGGGGCAGGGCGGCGGGAUGGGGGGGCAGGGGCAGGGUGGAAUGGAAAUGCAGUGGAUGUAGCAGGAGAGGGGGAUGGAGGAGGGGAGAUGCAGGGGGGGAGGACCAGCAGUGAGAGGGAAGGAUCGCAGCGGGAUGGAGGGAUGAAGGCACCAAACAGCGGAGACAGUGGCAGGGGAGGAGGUUUGGACAGGAGUGGGAGGAUGGAGGAGGCUGAGACUGCGUCUGGUCGUGCCUCUGCUGCCCCUCCCUCAUCUCCCCGCCAAUCUACCUCCCCUUCCGCCCCCUCCCCCUCUGCCCCCUCCCCCUCCCCCUCCGCUCCGUCCCCCUCUGCUCCACCCUCCGUGGUUGCAUCCUCUCCCGCUCUCUCCCCCUUUGAUUCCCCCUUUCCUGCCUCUCACCCACUCUCCCGCACCCCUGCGAACCCCCUCUCUCUCACUCCCGCCAACCCCCUCUUGAGUAACAAUUUCUCCCACCGCCGCUCCUCCUCUCUCAUCUCCCUCCCAGCACCCACCAUCGGAGUCAUGGACCCCACUGUACCUCACCCCACCGCUCCACAACCCAGUGCACCCCUCCCCACCGCCCCUCACCCCACUGUCCGUCAGCCGACUCAGAUUGAAAGGGCAAAAUCGUCCUCAGGCGUAAGCAUUGCAAGGGAUAACUUUUCGGCUGGCCGUGCUCCUCAGAUUGGACGGGCAAAUUCAGCCUCAGAGGGAGACAUUGAAAGGCAAGCUGCUGCUGCCGCUGCAGCCCCUCCUGCUCUUGGCAAGAAAGCCCUUGGAAGCGAGUGGGGCGGGGGAGGCAACCCCCAGUCCAAGACAGGUCAAGGCUGGUUGGAGGAAAAAGAGGGGAGGGCGGGCGAGGGGCGGGGCUGGUUGGGUGGGGAGCAGAAAGGGGGAGAGAGGGAGCGUGAGAAAGUACCCCUGUGGUGGCAGUUUCAGGAGAAGAAGGUGGUGGGAGGGUUGGCUGUUGAGGCAACUCAAAGGGUGAGUAUUGAGGCGCCUCAAGAGCAGAAUGGGGGAGCGAGGGAGCGGGAGGCGGUAUCGCUGUGGCAGCAGUUUCAGGAGCUCAAGGUGGGGGCCGGGGUGCACAGUGGGGACACAAGCAAGGCUGUUGAGACGCGGGGAGAAGCGAGUUUUGAGACUUCUCAAAAUCAGGAGCCUAAGGUGGGGAACGGGGUGCACAGUGGGGACGCAAGAGAGGCUGUUGAGACGAGGAGAGAAGGAAGAGAGGUUGCAGAGACGCGGAGAGAAGGAGCGAGAGCGGGGUGGGCAGAGGGAAGGCAGCUGGAAGGUGGGAAAGAGGGGGCAGCAGCGCUGCAGCCUAGCAGUGCGUUGGAGCAGCAAGGCCAGGCGAAGGGGGGCACAGCAGUGGCAAGGGCAAAGAGCACAUCAGGCCCGGAGCAGGAGAAACGGUCAGCAGCAACAGCAGUAGACGGGGUGGAGAUGGAAGAGUUAGAGGAGCUGCUGGGUCCUCCAAGCAUUGUGGUGCCGCAGAGAAAGAUUCUAAAACACUUCGUGCCGCUUCCCACUGCUGCUGCUGCUGCCCCUCUGCACCCACCUGCUGCACCACCACCACCUGCUUUCACCACUCCUGCUACUACUGCCACCGCGCAGCACUCCUCCUCUGCCUCCCCUGAGACGCUGUCCUCGCAACGUUCCCUCUCCCAGUCCUUCCGCUUCGUCUCUCCUCCCUCCUUCCUGCCGCCCCGUUCCCCUGCUUUCUCCAUCCAUCCACAAAACACCACAACCCCCACUGCUUCCCUCCCGCUCUCUCACUCGUCCUCGUCUCCUUCCUCUCCCUUCCCUUCCUUUCCUACGCCCCCCACCAUCCGCUCUGUCUCUCUGACUGCUGCUACCGCCUCUCAUUCCCCACCCACCUCCUUUACCGCCUCGCCUGAUCAGACCCACACUGCUGCUGAAUCCACUCUCCCUUCUCACCUGCCAACAACACCACCGGCACCAUCAGCACCACCAGCACCAUCAGCACCACCAGCACCAUCAGCACCACCAGCAGCCAUGUGGGGAGGGGGAGCAAGCGUAUUGGUCCCCACCAUGCCAUCUUUCACCCCGCCUCCACCUCCCACUUUCCCCUCAUCAUCCCCUUCCCAUACCACUCUUGAGACACCUCAAAAGCCAUCUCCACCACCUGCUUCACCCUUCCCACCCCUCUCCACCGCACCACUGUUUGCAUCAUCUGCCACAAUCCCAGUUCCACAUCCCUCCACUCCAAUCCCCCCCUUCACAUCCCCUACUGCCCCUCCCCUCUUCCCCCCUGCACCGUUCCCCCCCUCACUGCUACCUUCUCAUCCGCCCUUCCCUUCAGUAUCCCCCUCUCCCCCGCCCGUCCCCACCACCGCUCUCCUGCCACCUACUCCAGUUCAAUCGGCCCCCCUGCAAUCCACUCUCCUGCAAUCUGCUUCCCCUCAAGGCGUAACCAGAAGCACAGGCGCACACGGCAGUGUGCUUGCAUGCAGCAGCACCUCUGACUCGGGCUCUGAUGGUGGUGCGACUGCCUUCUUGGACGUGGGGAACACUGCCAAUAAUAACGGCAGUGGUUAA